GAAGUGCGCCCUGGGCUGCUUCUUGAGUUGUUCUCAAAAUGGCUGCGCCCGAUGAAAACACGCUUCUUCAGGAAAAUGAAGAAGUUGAUGAGAUGGAAGCGGGUGACAGUGAUGAAGAUGAGAUGGAAGAAGAAGAAGGACAGGGGGGAGAAGGAGGGGAGAUUAAAGUGUAUGUGCCUGGCGUUCAGCCGCUUCAGCCGGGAGAAGAGCUAGAGAUGGACCGCUCGGCUUACCGCAUGUAUCACGAGUGCCAGACAGGUGCCCCUUGUUUGAGUUUUGAUGUAUUACGUGAUGCUGAGGGAGAAGGAAGAGAAAUGUUUCCCCUGUCUAUGCUGCUGUGUGCAGGUACCCAAGCAGACACAGCUCUCAGUAACAGACUCAUUGUCAUGCGCAUACACAACCUGUAUGGCAUUGAAAAAGCAAACGAGGAGGAGGAAGCGAGCAGUGAUGAGAGUGAUGAAGAUGAGGAUGAUGAGAAGAAGCCACAGAUGGAGUUGGCCAUGGUGCCCCAUUAUGGAGGAAUAAAUAGAGUCAGAGUGACCCAGAAUGGUGAGCAGUCAUUGGCUGCUGUCUGGUGUGAGAAAGGUCAGGUGGAAAUUUUUGAUCUUCGGCCACAACUGGAAGCAGUUCACAGCUCUGCUGCCAUGGCAGCGUUUAUUAAACAGAAUAAGGAGGCCACACCUUUGUUCAGUUUCUCAGGUCACAUGACAGAAGGCUUUGCCAUCGACUGGUCUCCAAAAGUACCAGGCCGGCUUGUGAGUGGAGACUGCAAGAAGAACAUUCACGUGUGGGAGCCACGAGAGGGUGGAACUUCCUGGAAGAUUGACCAGCGGCCUUUUAGCUCUCAUACCAAGUCUGUGGAGGACCUCCAGUGGUCACCUACUGAAGCAACAGUUUUCGCCUCCUGCUCAGUGGAUCAGUCCAUUCGCAUUUGGGAUAUCAGAGCUCCUCCAAAAUCGAUGCUUUCCACCAAUGAGGCUCAUUCGUCAGACGUCAACGUCAUCAGUUGGAAUCGGACUGAACCAUUCCUGUUAUCUGGAGGGGAUGAUGGGCUUCUGAAGGUGUGGGACUUGAGGCAGUUCCAGUCUGGGCGUCCAGUGGCCAGCUUCAAGCAGCACAGUGCCCCUAUCGCAUCAGUGGAAUGGAGCCCCAUCGACUCCAGCGUGUUUGCCGCCUCUGGAGCAGACGAUGUCAUCAGCCAAUGGGAUCUGUCGGUGGAGUCAUGUGACAUGGGUGAACAAGCUGACAGCUUAAAGAAGCUCCCACCACAGCUGCUGUUCUUGCAUCAGGGCCAGACAGAGGUCAAGGAGCUCCACUGGCACCCACAGAUCCAAGGAACUCUCAUCUCCACAGCACUGUCAGGAUUCAACAUUUUCAGGACUAUUUCAGUGUAAAAGGGAAAAAAGUACAUGUGUGCUUUUGUGCCUUAUGACCAUAGUAGAAAUAUGUUAAGUACCAUCAUCAUGUCAGUGAUCAACAUUUUUCUUUUUGACUGAUCACUACACUUGUUUCUAGAUCAUCUCGACUGGUUUUAAAUAUAGGCAAUUAAAAAGGUCUUGAUACACUUCAUAUAAAUCUACACUGAAACUGAUGAGCUCAGCUGGUGCUGAAGGUGACAGGCAGCCAGUGCAAACACAGCUGUGUGUCCUAGUUUUGAAGAUCACUCAUGCUACACUGCUCAUCAACAUGUUGGAAAAUGUCUUUACCCUUUUUUAUGCCAUGAGUGAAUGCUAUUAACUCAAGUGAAAUUUUGUACAAAUAUUUCUAGAGUCUUCUGUGUGUGCUUAGAAUCAGUCCAAGUCCAAGAGAGCAAAAUUACCCAUUACUUUCUCCUGCCUGCCAGCCUGACUGACAGUAACCAAAUCUGUGAGCUCAUGUAUGUGAAAGAGGGUAGUUAGUGCUUUCCUCCAAGUGGGUUCACCCUCUAAUGUAACAUGAGCAGCAUUUUGAAAAGGUGGCUGGCUUCAUGUUUCUCUAAAAACGCCAUGCUAGCCUUGACCCUCCUCGGUUGGCAGUGACUUGUGUAUGGAUCUCUUAAAGACAUUACUUUAUUCUUGAUUCUGAACUUGUGUUAAGAACAACUGAAAUGAAAUGUCUUUUCUGUCAUAAUAUUUUCACAAGGCCUCAUUUUCAUGGACACAAAUAAAGACUGCUACAAAACCUG